CCACGCGCAUGCGAAGCACGUGUUCGCUAACAGUCUCUAAAAUACUGAAAUCACCUCCUGCAAAUUAUAAAAUCAAGAAAGAAAUACACAUGAAAAUUUUAAUUUGAUAAACAAUUUAAUGGCAAACCUUCCUCAAUCUCUGUCGAUGAACACACCUUUCGGAGGACCAAGCGCGUCUAAUCCCGCCGCCGCUGGAGCUCCCGCCAACAAAGACCGGAAGAUGGCAUCAGCAGAGCACCUGGUUCUUGACCUAAGCAAUCCUGAUCUUCGUGAAAACGCCCUUCUUGAGCUCUCUAAGAAGAGAGAAUUAUUUCAAGAUUUGGCACCAUUGUUGUGGAAUUCUUUUGGUACAAUUGCUGCAUUGUUACAGGAGAUCGUUUCAAUAUACCCAGUUUUAUCACCACCUAACUUGAGUCCUGCACAAUCAAAUCGAGUUUGCAAUGCUCUAGCACUUCUUCAGUGUGUAGCUUCACAUCCUGACACAAGGAUGUUGUUUCUCAAUGCUCAUAUACCUUUAUAUCUCUACCCUUUCCUAAAUACAACUAGCAAAUCAAGGCCUUUCGAGUACCUAAGGCUCACUAGUUUAGGUGUCAUUGGUGCCCUAGUGAAGGUUGAUGACACAGAAGUUAUUAGUUUCCUUCUUUCUACUGAGAUUAUUCCGCUAUGUCUGCGUACUAUGGAGAUGGGAAGUGAAUUAUCAAAAACAUUAGGAUCGCAUCAUUUCCUCUCUCCUCGAAAGGAUUCUCCCUUGAAUCAUUACCUACAUCAAACAAAAAAGGUUGCCACAUUUAUAGUUCAAAAGAUUUUAUUAGAUGAUGUGGGCCUGGAUUACAUUUGCACCACAGCAGAACGGUUUUUUGCAGUGGGCCGGGUUUUGGGGAACAUGGUUUCAGCACUUGCUGAACAACCCUCGUCACGGUUAUUAAAACAUAUCAUCCGAUGUUAUCUUCGCCUUUCAGAUAAUCCAAGGGCUUGUCAUGCAUUACGAAGUUGCCUGCCAGACAUGCUGAGAGAUGCUACCUUCAGUAGCUGCCUUCGUUUUUUGUUUCUGCAGGCAUUGGCAAUAGUAACCCAUCGAUAGAAAUAUCACCCCUGUAGUUUGCUAUGAAGAUCCAACAACAAGGCGAUGGCUGCAACAGUUGCUUCACAAUGUCGGAGGGAAUCGGGUUCCAGGACUUCAGGCUGGGGGAGGAUUUGAUCAUAUGCUGGUGAACUAAAACCGCAAUUUUCUUUUGGUUCGGUCAGUUGUUGCAUCACUUCAAGACCUACUAUACUCCUUUUUGAUGUGAGAGCAUUUCUGGUAGCUGUAAUUAACACCCAGAAGAGGAUGCGUUGGAAAACAAAAAAGCUAUUCUAGUUGCUGACUUGUUGCUAUGCCAAUUUUAGUUGCGAUCAUAUAGCUGGUAUUUGUUCAUGUAUAAUGAAAAGAAAACUCACAGCUCCAGCUGUUCAUGUUUAGGGUCACUUGCCGGUUGGCAUUUGGACUCGGAAGGUACAGCAUAAAUUAAUUUUUACAUAUUUACUAGUCUUUACUCCUUAACAUCAA